UAACAAAGCCGAGACAUGAUCAAUGCGUCAAAAUACAGAGUGAACUGGAAUGCAAGACUAACUGUCAUGCACAGCCUGUCACAGAAAAUAAUUAUUAUCCCCCGUGAUAUUUUAGUUUUUUUAUUUGUGUAUCACGUAUUUCUAGAUAAUUGUUGCAGUUUUGGUGUUUAGAUUUUUAUAUUGUCGCCAUAACAAGUGUUACUAAUGUUGAUAAACUGUAGAAAACUUUGUAAUAUAGUGGCGAACAACAAUUAGAGGAACGUGUCACUAUUAUUUUGCAAAGAGUUGUUUUCAACCGAUACGUCGCUAUAGGAAUGUGAAUCGUGUCUAAUUUUACUUAAUUAUUAGUAUAUUUUCACAUGGGUGAUGGCUUGGCAGUCGGACACUCGUACUGAUGAGAAUAGCUUCCUACUUCGGCUGAGGAUUGUAGGGGCUUACUCAUUGGCUAAAAAGGAUAUAUUUGGUGCUAGCGAUCCUUAUGUGCGGGUGGAGCUACAGAAGGUCGAUGGGGACGUCACCAUUGAGACGUUUCUCACCAAAACCAAGAAAAAGACAUUAAACCCCACAUGGAAUCAGGAGUUUGUAUUUAGGGUAAAACCCCAAGAGCACAAGCUGCUAAUCCAAGUCUUCGACGAGAACCGACUGACUCGCGAUGACUUCCUCGGCAUGGUGGAGGUACCUCUCUCCACCGUGCCCACGGAGACAGCUGCGGCGGCCCGACCCAACGUCGUUAAGUACCCCUUGCGUCCACGCAGGUCCGUUGCGCGGUCGCGAGUCCGCGGCUACAUCGAGGUGUACCACGCGCUGGUGGGGCGGGUGGGCGAGCCCGGCACCGAGGGGGGGGAGCCUGCUGACGACUGGGAGCUCGUCGAGCCCUCGCCGCAGCAGGGCGUCGUGCAGCCGGUCGUGUCGAGCUCGGUCCCGUCCUUCACCGGCGGAGACUGGCAGCUGGUGGACACGGCCCCAAUACCUAUUGCUAUCGGCGGCGAGGCUCUGCCCCCGGGCUGGGAGGAGCGACAGGACGCGAACGGGCGCACGUACUACGUCAACCAUAUUGAGCGCUCUACGCAAUGGGAGAGGCCUACCUUCAUGCGCAACAUGAGCACGGAAUCACAAGCCGAGCGCAUGGAGACAGCCGCCACAGAGUUCCAGCGCCGCUUCCACAUCUCCGCCGACCACGACCAGCCCGCCAGCCCCGCCGCCUCACACAACCAUCAGGAGGAUAUAAGCAAUAGAAGUGGGGAGACUAACUCAACGGACCCCACGCCGUUUUCCACACCGAUCCGAUCGCCGGAACCCGUGCACGAUCCCGACACCGCGGUGACGAACGCACCAACUAAUAGUAUAAGUGAUGAAACCGACUGUGAUAAUAAUUUAAGAAACAAAACUAUACCGGAGGAGGAUGACGUUGUUUGCGCCAACGAACUUGUUGGCGAUGCUCAAACUGAAGCCAGUACUAGUCACGACACAGCUAGUGAGCCUAAUGACGAAGAACAAACUGAGACUAACACUGUUCAAGUUACUGAACACACUGACGAAGUAGACGGGGAAGCGGCUACUGAGGAACAAGACGACAGUCGAGUAGACACUGAGAAUACUACAGAACAGACCGAAACCGAAACAGAAGUACCAAAUGAGACAGAAACACCACCACAAAAUGAAAGUGAGAUGCAAAAUGAGGCAGAGGAGAAUGACACAGAAAGAACAACAGAAGUCAUAGAAAAUGAGACUGAACCUGAAACUGAAGUUACUGAAGAGGUAGCACUACCUCAGACAGAGGUUGUAGUAGAAGAUGCGUUGACGUUUGAUGAGAAUCACUUCAGUACGCCGACGGGAGGCGUGUCGCCCGUGACGUCACCGGCCGCCCGCCGCCGCAGGACCACCGCCAGCUCGAUCGACGAUUCCGAGGACGAGACGGAUGGUUCUACUGAGAGCACGCGGAGUAGCAGUGCCAGCAGCACACAGAGUCAGAAUCUGCCUAACAGUGAUGGACUUCCGCCGGGUUGGAGUAUGCAGCGAGCGCCAAACGGAAGGAUAUUCUUCAUCGACCACAACCAGAAGACCACCACGUGGAUAGACCCCAGAACCGGCUGUGCAUCAAGCUUGCCCACCCCCAGCGUGGCAGCGAGCGCGGCGGACGCGGACGAGCUGGGCGCGCUGCCCGAGGGCUGGGAGGAGCGCGUGCACACCGACGGCAGGAUCUUCUUCAUCGACCACAACACCCGCACGACGCAGUGGGAGGACCCGCGGCUGUCGAACCCGCAGAUCGCGGGCCCGGCCGUGCCCUACUCGCGCGACUACAAGCGCAAGUACGAGUACCUCAAGAGUCAGCUGCGUAAGCCGAGUAACGUGCCAAACAAGUUCGAGAUCAAAGUGCGGCGGAACUCGAUCCUCGAGGACUCGUACCGCAUCAUCAGUUCCGUCAGUCGACUCGACUUGCUCAAGACCAAGCUGUGGGUCGAGUUCGAGUCAGAAGUUGGCCUCGAUUACGGUGGUCUAGCCCGUGAAUGGUUCUUCCUACUCUCAAAAGAGAUGUUCAACCCUUACUACGGUUUGUUCGAAUACUCCGCUAUGGACAACUAUACCCUGCAGAUUAACCCUAACAGCGGUGUUUGUAAUGAGGAACAUCUGAGCUACUUCAAGUUUAUAGGCAGGGUAGCUGGUAUGGCCGUGUACCAUGGGAAACUUUUAGAUGCAUUUUUCAUCCGUCCAUUUUACAAGAUGAUGCUGGGCAAGCAGAUAGAGCUGCUUGACAUGGAAUCCGUAGACUUAGAAUAUUACAACUCACUUAUGUGGAUCAAGGAAAACGACCCGUCAGAGCUGUACCUAACGUUCUCAGUGGACGAGGAGCAAUUCGGCAAGACCAUACAGCGGGAACUGAAGCCGGGCGGCGCUAACAUCUCCGUCGAUAACGAUAACAAGGACGAGUAUAUCAAACUAGUGAUCGAGUGGCGCUUCGUGUCGCGCGUGGCGGAGCAGAUGUUCGCGUUCCUGGAGGGGCUGGGCGCGCUGGUGCCGCUGGCGCUGCUCAAGAUCUUCGACGAGCACGAGCUGGAGCUGCUGCUGUGCGGCAUACAGCACAUCGACGUGCGCGACUGGAGGAACAACACGCUCUACAAGGGGGACUAUCAUGCUAACCAUUUGGUUGUGCAGUGGUUUUGGAGGGUGGUGCUAUCAUUUUCGAACGAGAUGCGUUCCCGUCUGCUACAGUUCGUGACGGGCACAUCCCGCGUGCCCAUGAACGGGUUCAAGGAGCUGUACGGCAGCAACGGACCGCAGCUCUUCACUAUAGAGAAGUGGGGAUCGCCUGACAACUAUCCUAGGGCACAUACUUGUUUCAACCGCAUAGACCUACCUCCAUAUGAAAGCUACCAACAACUUCGAGAGAAGCUGAUCAAGGCCAUUGAAGGGUCGCAGGGCUUCGCCGGCGUCGACUGAAGACUCCGCCCUUCACAACCUCUAUAUAUCUUAAAACUGCGGAACUUUCUAGAUCACUACAGAGUGCCUACUGUGAGUUUUGAAAGUUAAAAUUCUCGAUGCGUAAAUUAUCAUCAUCUGCCUAGCCUUUUCCCAACUAUGGGGAAACUAUGGAGCGCUUUCCGAAACACGGAAGAACUCGUUAUGACAAGAUUGGUCACCCCCAUCCACAGACCAACCGCGCCAAGCGGUGCUGAACUUUAGGAUCGAUCGAUCCUAGCCGCUUUGACUUAGCUACGAACUCUAUUAUAAUACAACUUGAAUUACAGUAUGUAUUUCAGCCGACCUAUAAUUACGUAUCGAGAGCGUUAAAAUACAAAACUCUGAAUCAGCACUCGGAACAAAUAAGGUACUGUUCUGAUAUCUGUCAUUGACAUGUCAUUUGAUAUUUUCAAAAAUGAGGAUCAAUAACAGAUGUUAGAUAAAUCCUUAUUUAUAAAAAUAGACGUCAAUCACUGGCAUUAAAUGUUAUUGCAAUGUUUUUUUUAAUGCUCAUUAAAAUUUUGUUUUUUCAAUGCACCAAUGAUGCCACCUAACUUCUGCUCAAUAUCGAAGUUUUAUAAUAGUACGUAUUAAAUAUGGUGGAUGGUAUGUGUUUCUAGUUGAAACGGAAUAUUAAAUAAAUGCUUAUAAUAUUCUGUAUAUUUCAAUGGUGAUAAAAAUACUUGUUUAUGCUAUAGCUGUAUUUUAUACAGAUUAUAUUAAAAUAACUAAAAAUACGCCUGCCAGCGUGCCAUACAUACAUUAAUCAUGUCAAUAUACUAAUUUACGUUUUAAUCUGUAUAAGAUAUAGCUUAACAUAAAACGAUGGGAUUUACUUCAAUUAACCAUGUAAAUACAUAAGAGUUUUUACGGAUCUAAAAUUAAAUUGAAAAUGUAAAUUUAAUAAAAGAUAAAUCUUCCAUCUUUAAUGUGUAAAUUAAUUACUUAACGUCAAAGUAAAUGUAAAUAAAUUGGAAGUCUGAAAAUUCCGUAAAAACUAAUUUUGUUGGAAAAAUGUAAGGUAUACGAUAACUUUACCUACUGCGGAUAUGAUGUAAUACAGAUAUGCGUCUCCUGAUUAAAGACGUAUUUUUUUGUUACAUAAAAUCUUAAUUUAGCUGUUGACAGUUCUUUUCAAAUAACUUUGGAUACCUGUGAUGAGAUUUCAAAUUAUCUUACCCUUCAUUGGAGUUUAUUAACGGAAAAGUCUGUGUUAAAAUAAUUAAUAUUUGCUAUUUUAAGUACCAUUUGAAAUUACUUUCGAUAAAAUCUGUAAAUUAUUGACGAACACAAAAGAGGAGGGAGGUACCUAAAUCCGUUUCAAAAUACGUCUUUAUUCAAUGAAUUGAUCUGAUACAUCAGUGGGUAAAAAUUAUGAAUAAUGAAUGAUUAUUAUUACGUACGUACGAUUAGUAUUCUAAACGAGUGCCUAUCUAUAUUUAAUUGGUGUAUAAACAGCUUUCUUCAUUUUUUGUUAGUAUCUAUCGACAAUCGUGACAAAAUUCAUGAUGGUUUAUUAUUUAAACCAUAAUUCAACAAUAAAACAUGUAAGCAAUCAAAUAAUCAAAAAAAUGUUUAACAAUAAACUCAAGAUUUAAACACUUCCAAUGAACUUAUAAAUGAUAUACUCCUGCAUUGUAAAAUGGAAGAGAUAUGUCAUUUUGACAUAUAUGGUUCACAAAAAAAAUAAAAUUACAUCGGCUUUAAAAUAGCAAUGACUUAACCGUGUCGAAAGCUUGUCUAAUUCAUACUUGGCGGAACUAGCUUUACGACUAAGCCAUAAUGAUAAUGUCGAAAUAAAGCUUCUACAGUUAAAAUACUAUCAUCAUCUUCCGAGCCUUUUCCCAACUAUGUUGGGGUCGGCUUCCAGUCUAACCGGAUGUAGCUGAGUACCAGUGUUAUACAAGGAGCGACUGCCUAUCUGACCUCCUCAACCCAGUUACCCGGGCAACCCGAUACCCCUUUUCCGCCAUUUUUAAGGGGACUAGAAUCACGGGCCAAUUGAAACAGAAUUGAUAUGGCUUCUUAAUUAUAAUGCAAUAAUUAUUCUGAGAUUCAAUUAUACUUGUGUGUAUAAUAUAAUACCAUACUAAUUUAUGUGGAAAUUUAUUAUAAUAUAAAGGUGAAAAUGUAUACUAAAAUUGUGAUGUACAUGGUGUUUCGUUUUCUGCCUGUCACGUUUGACAGCUGUCAACGUCUCACGACCAAUCGCGGUAGCCUUUGAUGAGUGAGUGACAAUGCCUAUGUAUUGUUGAUAAUUUAUUCCACGCAUUAUUUACGAUUAUAAAUUCUAAAUAACGUGAUAUAGUCGGACAAGGCGAAGGCAAUGUAAAGUUUUACGAGAAGUAUCAAUUAUUAGUGUGUGACGUAGGCGCCUUGUUCGGACUUCUUUAGCAAUUAAUUCAUUUUGCGUCCUAUACUACGUUAGAUAAAUUGCUUUUCGCUUGGAUAUAUAAAAAGAUAUUUUCAUAUAUAGCACACUUGUACAUAAUUUUAGUAUAAGGUGUAAAAAAUUGCUAUGAUUGAAAUAUGUAAAAAUAAUUAGAUUACUGAAUGGUAUCCAUGAAAUGGACAGUUGAAAUUUAUUAUUUGAAUAAUAAAAUAUAAUAUUUAUUGAUAAAGCAAUUGUUUACACCCUGUAUUUAUUUAGUUUUAGACAAGUUGCGUUUUCGUCUAUGAUCGUUUACUUAAUUUAGAUAGCUUUAUCAAUAUAUUAUUUGUAUGUCUUUGUAAUUUUAGGUGACAUAAUGAAAUGCUCUUUCCUGACUUGAAAUAUAUUAAAAUCAAUUCCGCGCAAUUUCAGUAGUCUCGUUGCGUAUAAUUGAUUGUAAUAUUCUGUACAACUAUUUUGUUCGUAUAAAGUUUAUUUGUAAAGUAUUACAUACAAUAAAUAUAAUAAAAUUAAACACAAGUACAUAUAACGCUCAUUUCGUUAUUAUAAUUUGCCUAAAGUUAUAAAGAUUCUUAUCGAAAAUAAAAUUGUAUAAUUCCAUAUUAUUAACGUUUUUCAUUGUAAAAUGUUGACGAAACAUCGUGAUAUUUUAUUAUAGUUUGAGAGAUAGCAUAGUUUUACGAUUCGUCAUCUUUGAAUUAAAAUAUUUGCGUCAACCUAUCGGGAAAAACUGGCUCAUAUGGUCGGCAUCGUAACUUUUGCUAACAUUAAAAUAAGUAUGUAAAAAAUAUCUAGCAUUUAAAUAGAAAUUAAGAUUAUGGUUAUCAAAAAGUACUAAGGUGGAUAAAUAACUUGUUUUACUAACUUAGCUCCUAAACUAUGUUUUGAAGAUGACGCGAGGAAUUAUUGCUAUCUCUUAAAUAACCAAGAUCUAUAUUGUGGCGCUAUAUGAGCGCGUGUGAAGUUACUGACAUAUGAAAACUGGGAAAUAAAGACACAAAUACACUGCAAAUAAUAUUGUUCGGAUAGCUUCCAUAGACAAUACGCUUAUAAGCGUAGACAUGCCGAAUGAACUAGCGUCAUAAUCCAGCCUCCAUAUAUAAAAACGUUUUGCUUACAGACGGUAGAUGUUUGACCUAACUACCAUACGUAAACUAAAUAAAAGAUUUCUUGCUUUUUAUUUGUGAGGGACUGAAGGAUUGACAGUAUUUACCCUUUAGGAAAUUGCAAACUAACUUAAGUAGAUAGUUAAUCAAUAAAAAUAACUUUGAUAGCUUAUACCGACGGCUCCUAAGUAUACUGAGUCAACUAACAAAUUUUGCGAAUUGCACAUUUUUGUGUAUUAACACAAAUAACAAUAAGAAUAUUGUAAAUACACAACAAAAAAGCAAUUCGCAAAAUUUGUUAGUUGACUCAGUAUACUUAGGAGCUUUCUUAAUAUGUACCUAAUAGUAAAUAAUAUGCAAGGCGGCUAUUUCCACCAUUUUCUAAAGACACGAUGUUUCCAGUUUUCAUAUGUCGUUAAUAAAUAAAUAGGGUUGUCAAACAAUGAACAAUACGCGGUGUUGUCUAACGUAAUCAACGAUAUUUUUUAUUUUAUGUUUACGGUAAGAUUAUUCAUGUAAAUAUAAUACUAUAUUUGAAAUUUGAAAAAAAAAAUCAUUAAAAAGUCAUUAUUUUGA